UGACAUAAUUUUCAUCUGUUUAGAUUUUCUGAAUUUGUGUAUCAAGCUUUUUUUUUUUUACCGACACACAGUUCAAUUUAUUACCCUGCUUGGAGUAAAUUAUAAUCCAAUAUCAUAUCUCUCGGAAAUAUUGAAGUGUUUUUCUUUUCAAGUUUUGGCAAGUAUAUUUGUGCCUUUUAUGUUUAAUGCACAUACACACGUUGACCAGAUAAAGAAGCAUGUGAUACAUGUAUCGAUACUGGACAUAAACAUGUGACUCGUUUUAUUUCCCAAUAACCUUUAAAACUUUCGAAAACGUAGAAAUUAAAUGAAAGUCGGCAAUAUAAAAAAAAAACAACAGAGGUCAAACAAGAUGGGCGGAAAACACUUCCUGACUGUCCUGUUCCUGUUUUCUGGUGCCAGUUGUCAAGUUCUGGAUGGAUCUCUAAAUAGACAAGAAACUGUAUACAUGCUUGAAAACUGUGGAAAUCAGUCGCUGGAAAUAAAACACGCAGUGAUAAUAAAAGCCCGUAGAAAUGUCAAUGAAAAUCCGCCAUCUCUCAACUGUUCACUUCCGGUUCAUACAGCAACAAAUCACACUAUCCAGGUCAAUAUAGAGAAAUUAGACCUCGGGGACGGAGUUAACUGCUCUUGGAAGAGGCCUCAUUUGGACUUCUGUGUUAAUGCAUCUUGUAAUGGUAGGAAACCUAACAGUACUUAAUAUUUCUUUUUUCACAAUUUUAAUAAAAAUUUUACAAGAAGAUGAAUUUCUGGAAAGCUUAAGGAGAUAGAUGAACAAAGUUAUCU